CCGAUACGUAAGGCAAAAAAACGCUACAAUGUGGCGUUUUGUCACAUCGACGAAUCAUCAUGUGGGUCAGAAAGAAAGAAACAGGAAGCUUUAGUUCACAAUCAUAUUGUGGACAUUGAAAUGUUAGGAAUCAAAAGUACUAGUGGAAUCAGUACGCUGUAUUCGUGUCCGUGAGGACUCAAGAGCGAAUACACAGGUUGGUAUCGCUCCCAAAGAAAAGGCCGUAUCGAACAUCCCGACUCGGGUUUGCUCCUUUUUUCACUUCACUCAAGGGGGAGCAUUAUUUGACCUCAAUGGGCGGAAUGAUGCCAGAUAGGGAUUAGCAUCCAGGUCGUGUGUGUGUGUGUGUGGGGGGGGGGCCUCUUUGGGGGUCCCGCUGUGCCGUCACAUCUCCGCUAAUCGGAUCUCGUCGAGGUUUUUCAGGUUUAGAAGUACCGUCGCCAUCUCAUCUCCCGCUCUGCGUUUCCCGCCGUGCUCAGCAGGGCUCCCGGCCCAAAAACGUCCGCCGCCGCUCAUGUGCCGUCGCUUAAAAAGCAGGUCAAAGGUCGGCGCAUGCGUCACGUGACCCGAGCAGGCGCGAGCAGAUGGCAACGCUAACGUUAGCGCGCCGCUAAUGCAGCAGAUGAGCUUCAGAAGAUUAACAAGAGCUUCCUGUUUUUACAGCGAAACGACUUUUUGAGGAACCUGGGAAGGAAGGAAGGAAGGAAGGAAGGUGUCACUGGAAGUAAAUGGGAAGCAGACAGGAAGUCAUAAACAGGAAGUCAACAGAAGUGCGUAGAAAAAAAGGAGGUCCACCCAAGAAGUAGAGUUGAAAAAAUGAGAAGAGGGGAAUAAUAAAGUGGAAGUUAACGCAAAGAAAAUGGGAGUUAACAGGAAGUAAACAUACAGUAAUAUGCAACACACAGGAAGUAGACUGGAAGUCGACAGGAAGACAACAUUACCUGGAAGGAAACUAUUUGUAAACAGCAAGUAGAAUAGGCAUAAACAGGGAUCAAACAGGAAGUAGCAAGGCACGGAUUGAUGGCGUAAUGGUGUUGUUGCCAUGGUGACAUGUUGCGGUGUUUGUCAUGUCAUUAUCAGUAAUGUCAUCGUCACGUGACUUUUAUUUGAUGUUCUGUGGAAGGAUCGCGCGCUUAGUGGUCGCCAUGGAGAGCAGCCAGCCAAUCCCGUGUUCACAUAUACGUUUGGGUCACGCCCACGCAUUCUUCGACUGGCUAACGAAGAGGAGCUAACGAGAUUUUGUUUGUCGUUGAGUUCGACCCCGCGCCCGCUUCCUGUUCAACCUGCCCCCACUUCCUGUCAGCUGACCAACUCCGCUGCUUCCGACGACGCCCACUAUGACCCGCUGACCCCGGCCCCUCCUCCAGCAAGAUGUCCCCGACCGGUCGGUCGCCGGAGCAGACGCCGCCGCGCACUUCGUCUGUGCUGCUCCUCUUCGCUUCCUGUUUCCUGUGCGCCUCGUCGUCCUUCCCGCGAGACCUGGACGCCAUCAGCGUGGUGGAGGAGUGCGGCGACUUGGUGAGAUUCCGAAGUCUGCUGCGGGACAACGACACGCUGCGUCUGGGGCUCGACUUCCAGGGGAUGAUGCGAGUCAACCGCAUGCUGUUCAUCACGGCCAGGGAUCACGUGUUUGCAGUCAACUUGACGACGGCGGCGGAGGCCUUCGUACCUCAGAUGAAGUUGACGUGGCGUUCCACAGACGUCAGCAAGUGCGCCGUGCGAGGGAAGAACAGCGACGAGUGUUACAACUACAUCAAAGUUUUGGUGCCGCGUGACGACGAGACGCUCUUCGUGUGCGGGACCAACGCCUUCAACCCGUCGUGCCGCAACUACAAGACGAGCACGUUGGAACAGGUGGGCUCGGAUUUGCCGGGUCAGGCUCGCUGUCCCUUCGAGUCGGGUCAGUCCAACGCGGGAACGUUCGCGGGCGGCGACUUCUACUCGGCCACCGUGACAGACUUCCUGGCCAGCGACUCCGUCAUCUACCGGAGUCUCGGAGAGGGCCGGCCCGUCCUCCGGACCGUCAAGUACGACUCCAAGUGGCUGAGAGAGCCUCGCUUCCUGCACGCCGUGGACUACGGGAGCUACGUCUACUUUUUCCUGAGCGAGAUCGCGGCCGAGUACACCACCCUGGGGAAGGUUGUCUUUUCUCGGGUGGCCAGAGUCUGCAAAAACGACAACGGUGGCUCUCCCAGAGUCCUGGACAAGUACUGGACUUCCUUCCUCAAGGCUCGUCUGAACUGUUCUCUUCCCGGAGAUUCUCUGUUCUACUUCGACGUUCUCCAAUCGCUGACCGGCGUUCUGCAGAUCAACGGACGGCCCACCGUGCUCGCUGUCUUCACCACGCAGGCUAACAGCAUUCCCGGCUCGGCGGUGUGUGCGUUCUACAUGGACGACGUGGAGAAAGUGUUCAGUGGGAAGUUCAAAGAACAACGCAGCAGCGACGCGUCGUGGACGGCCGUGCCCGAGGGCGCGGUGCCCAGGCCGCGGCCCGGCACGUGCGCCGGCGACGGCCCGGCCGCUGACUUCAAAUCUUCGGUAGACUUCCCGGAUGAAACGCUGUCGUUCAUCAAAUCUUUCCCGCUGAUGGACGACGCCGUGCCCGCCGUCAACCGGCGGCCAUUUUACACCAGGACCGCCGGCAGGUCCAAGCUGACGCAGAUUGCGGCCGACGUGUCGGCCGGUCCGCGCAAGGACCGCACGGUGGUGUUCUUGGGCUCCGAGGACGGCCGAGUGGCCAAGGUCCUGGCCUCCACGCUUCCCGAAGACACGGCGGGCUCCAAACUCCUGGAGGACAUCCACGUCUACGACCGCGACAAGUGUGACCUCGGCAUCCAGGAGGAGGACCGCAGGGUUUUGGCUCUGGAGCUCGACAAGGAACACCACGCCUUGUUUGUGGCAUUCAGCAGCUGCCUCGUGCGCGUGCCCCUAAGCCGAUGCGGGCGGCACGGCGCGUGCAAGAGGGCGUGUCUGGCCUCUCGCGACCCCUACUGCAUCUGGCUGCGCACAGGAAGUUGUGCCGACAUGGCGCCCGGCUUCAAGGCGGGCUUCGAACAAGACAUCGAGGGCGACCGCUCCGACGUGACCGCCUGCCACGCCGACAUCUUGGCGACGUCUCGCGACCGGGACGCGCCCGCUGACGUGACCUACAGCGUCGCGGGCGCCGACGAUGAUCCGGCGUCUCACGUCCACUACACGCUGCUCAUCGCCUGCGCGCUGCUGGCCUUCUCCUUGGGCGCGACGCUGUCGGGCCUCCUGGCGGCGCGCUUCCGCGGCGGCGGCGCCCGCCGGAACGGGAAGUUCGGCAAAGACCCCGAGGCGCCGCUGCCCCGCGCCUCGUCCCCGCCCCCCCCGGUCGGGCUCCCGGACGCCGCGCCCGCGUUGCAGGAGGACAAAACGGGCGCAUCGCCGCGUCCCAAGACGUACGUGUCCCGCGACGCCGACGACCGAGCGCCCGAGCGCCAGCGAAUUCCUGCGGCGGAGCCCCGAGUCGGCCCGAAACAGCUGGCGUCCUCCCGCGUGACGGACGGCGACCCGUCAGCUCCUCCCACGCCGAACUCCGGCCCGGAACGCCGCCGCGUGGACGACCCCGCCCCCUUCCCGGCGGUGACGACGGCCGACUGCGUGACUCCGCCCGUGUUCCCGCCCCCUCGUCGUCACGGCGACAGCCACACGCCUUCGGGGGCCGGGGCCGACGCGUCGGCUGUGUCUGCGCUGGACGAGCUUCUGAAGCACAUCCACCAGGUCAGCGCCCAGGGCGUCGGCGGCGGCAUCAGGGUCCUAACGUCCACCUCCGGAGGACUUCAUCAUCAUCAUCAUCAUCAUCACAGCGGCAAGACGCGAGCCCACAGCUUCAACCACAGCCAUCACCGUGGCAAUCGGCAGCCAGUCUCCGAGACCCAAGCGCUACCGCUAAAUGCUAACACCGCUAUCCCGGAGGCGAUCGCCCACCCCCGAGGCACUCCCCUCAUCAAGAUGGGCAGCGGCCCGCCGCGUCGUCAUAAUUGCCACCAGUGGGGGGCGCCGCCACUGCACCGCUUCCUGGUCAGAAUAAACACGAACGCCAACAACGGACCUCCUUCCCCGCCCGCCGCCCGCGGGGGGCGCCAGAGGGUGGCGGCGGCCAGGGCCUGCCUGACGCGCCAGCACAGCUACAGCGAAGGAGUGCGCGCACAGCGCGGUAGCAUCUCUCAGGCUAACGCCGUGCGCCGCGCUGUCUCGCUCAAGCCCAAAGUGCCGCCCAAACCUUUGUUCCUGCCCAACAUGUCCGCCUCGUCGGGACCGUCCGGGUGCUGAGGCGGCAAAAGGGGCCUCACUGACACACUUCACCUCCAGCCGAGGACGCUAUGCUAACGUCGCUCGCACUAACGGCAUCACUGUGCGCUGGAGCCCAACGCGUUACCCUCGUCUUCUGGGACGGUCCAGGUGCUGAGGUGGCAGGGCGCCCACAAAAACACAUUCUGCCCACCCGCAGCGACAGCAAAGGAUGCUAUGCUAACGCCCGCGGCGCGGCCUCACGAGCGGACUCGCCCCGCCCCCCUCCAACGUCUGUACCGUACUGGUUAUGUGAAACCCCAGCGGGAAGGGCAGAGCUCCUUGUGCAGCUAAUGGCACACAUUAGCAUGCUAAGCUAAUGGAUUUGAAAACUUAAGUCAUCUAAAAAAGUUUUUAAGCGCCAACCACGAAAUGUUUGAAAAUCAAUCAAGAUGUCACUUUGUAUUCAAGCUUUUACUCUGAAAUCCUAAACAGGAAGUUGAAGUGGGCUGAACGUGAUUUCUUUGGCUGAUGAGCCGCAGCGUCCCCAGUGGCCAUGACGGUAACAUCAACUCGUAGCGUUUGUAUUCUUAUGUUUAUGAACCGGUGAAUAUUUAUGUUAGUAAUAACAAUGAUGCAAUGGUGCGAAUGUAAAUUUAAAGAAAAAACAUUUACACUUCCAAUAA